AUGACAUCCAACAAUAUAAAAGCUGGAUUUAUGAAGAGUGGCAUAUAUCCCAUGAACAGCUCCAAGCUACUUGUGGUUUUUGAGUCUACUGAAACCGCUUCCUCGUCGGUUCAGGAAAACUCAAAACCACCACUACCGCCACUAAUGAUGAUUCCACAAAGCAAUUCCGAAAUAAUACAAGACGCAAGUGCGCAAGGUGAGAUAAUUGAAGAGGUUAAUCGCCAAGAUGUAGUGGUCCAGGAGAGCAUUGUAAAAGAUGAAGUUAGUCGACAAGAUGAAGUUCUGGUCAAAGAGAGCAGUGAAGAAGACGAGGUGCCACAGGAGACAAGUCCGGAAGAUGAUAGAGAUGAUGAUGGAGCUAUUGAUCUAUCUGUUCCUCGACAGAUUUCUUCAUAUAAAAUGCCAGACCCAAACCUACAUAAGAAGAUUUUCCCAAUGGCUCCUCUCCUUAAGCCUCUUGAUCUUACAAUUUCUUCAGAUAUUCAGCCGUCAAGAUCUCAGCUGAGUUUUGGAGGUCUGGAAGUGCUUAAACCGCUACCGAGUCCCCCAAGUUCCUCGAAAAAAAUCAGGGGUUUGGGAUCAACACUAGUCACAGGAUCCCCAGAAUUUCACAGGAAGGAGGAGAUGGAAAGGAAGAAACACAUGAAGGAGGAAAAUAUGCACAUGAAGGAGAAAAAUCAGAAUAAAACCACAACAAAAAGCACCAAAAGAAAGAUCGCCUCUGAGACAGAGAUUCCGAAAAGAAAGAGAGGAAGGCCAAGGAAGCUUCCUCUUUCUGAUAUUUCCGAUAUUUCAAACAAGAUAUAA